CUCAUUCAGUCCCAGAGCUCGAGGAGAGAGUGCAGCUCUGUCGUUCUUUUUGCAGAGAGAGAGCGUAGGAGGGAGAGGGAGGAGUGUAAGCCAGCAACUGAGCGAAUGAGAGGCAGGGAGAGUGUAGCAGCACAACAAUAGUAGGCUGCUCUUCUGGCUGUGGACUCACAGAGACAGAGAGAGAGCUCAGAGAGACACACAGACACUCUGUAAACCAGCUGCAGGAAGAUUACAGCUGGCUUUCCAUACAGCCUUUACAGUCUGCUCGAUUUUAUUUAUUUAUUUUUUUCCUCUCACCCUUGAAGGCGACAAUUCUUCACAAAACCACAGAAUUACUAAACAUUGACGUAGGAGCAUUUUAGGAAUUUUUGUGGUCAUUGCAUGGGAUUUUUGUGAUAGACUUGAGGAGCUUGUCCACAGACAUUUUGGACUAGUUAUUGUACUUGGUCUAUUUUCUGAGGGUCAUCGCUUGGACACUGACAGUUGACUUGACCAGAGUGGGCACCAGCACGUGUUUUGUUGACUUGGGAUUUUUACACUCAGACUGUGAGCUCACCUCAGUCGGCCCCUUAAGGAGAAUACAUCUGUUUGAUUGUUCUGAACAUUUUUUGUGCAGUAAGGUGGGAGGGAUUGAUCAGAUCCAUCCCUGAAGGAAGGAGUACCAGAGCAUUUUUAUCUGUGUUUGUGUGUGUGUGUAUGUGAGAGACAGUUUGUUCUGGGGGAUGCCUCUGGAUGUGGUGAUUGCCCCAGUGGAGGACUGUUUUUGGCCGGACCUGCAGGACACAGACAUGAGACUGAAGAUCAGGGUCCGCCGAAUGAAGGAGGGGAGGGAACUACGAGGAGGAUUUGCUGCUUUCUCCUCCUGCUUCCCCGGCCUGUGUGAAGGGAAGCCUUCCACUGCUCUACCUAUGAGCUUGUCCCAGCCUUGCUUGCCUGUGGCUAAUGUAGGGCCCACUCGCAUCCUGCCACACCUCUACCUCGGCUCACAGAAGGAUGUGCUCAACAAGGAUCUGAUGGCUCAGAAUGGUAUCACCUACGUGCUGAAUGCCAGCAACACCUGCCCCAAGCCAGACUUCAUCAGCGAGAGCCACUUCAUGCGCAUCCCAGUCAAUGACAACUACUGUGAGAAAUUACUUCCCUGGCUCGACAAAACUAAUGAAUUCAUAGACAAAGCUAAGGUGUCAAACUGCAGAGUCAUUGUGCACUGCCUGGCUGGAAUCUCACGCUCUGCAACCAUUGCCAUUGCAUACAUCAUGAAGACAAUGGGCUUGUCAUCAGAUGAUGCCUACAGAUUUGUAAAGGACCGAAGACCAUCCAUAUCCCCCAACUUCAACUUCCUGGGUCAGCUGCUGGAGUUUGAGAAGGGCCUGCGAUUACUCCAAGCUUUAAGUUCCACUUCUGAUGACAAGAUCUCCGAAAAUACCACUAAGCAAAGUUCAGAGGUUAAAGGGGUCAGUAUAGGUUUUGAGAUGAACGGUCACCACAGCAACUGUGACUCCUCUCUGGUAGAGCCACACAUCCAACCAGAACCCAAGCUGCAUUCACCCAUCUCCCUUCAGCAAGGCUUCAACGGCCUACACCUCUCUGCAGAGAGGAUCAUGGACACUAACCGGCUCAAACGCUCUUUCUCCCUGGACAUUAAGUCUGUCUACUCUCCCAAUAGCCCCCAUUGCCUAAGCCUGGUGCCCACACACUCUGAAGAUGUCCCCAAGCUGUGCAAGCUUGACAGCCCUGGGACGGGCACCUCUAAUGGUGUCUGCUCCCAGUCUCCUGUCCUAGACAGCCCCAGCUCCUCUGAUUCACCUUUCCCCUCACCAGGAAGUGGGGGCAGCAUCGGAGGUUUGGGGUUUGGAGGAAGUGAAGGAAUCCAUCGUUGUGGGUCUUCAUCAUCCAGACCCAGGAGAAAAGCCAAACACAGCUCCAGCAGUUCACCAGUCCACUCCCAACUACACCAACCUCCACACUCCCUCAGCUUGUCGCUGGACCACAAGAGCCCCAGCGUAGACGAGAAUCUAAAGGGCACGCUGCUCUUGUCACUACCUUCCCUUCCCACCCCGGGGUCCGGGGCCAUGUGGACCAAACACAGAGACACUGUCCAGGCCACCACUCCUGUCACCCCCACCACAGAUGCCCCCUGGCACUUUGGGGCAGAGGAAGGUGGUGACGGAGAGAUGGAGCUGGGAGGUGGAGGUGACAGACGGGGAGAGGAGACGUCGAUGAGGUUUGGGAGCAGUUCAGCAUAUGUGGCAUUUGGGUGCAGUGAAAGUGUGCAGUUACGAGAUAAAUCCCAUAGGGAGAUGCCAGCGGCACCACAGACACAGAGAGACCAUCGGGACUCAACAUCAUCAUCCACAGUGACCACCUCCAACAGCUCGAAUAACAGCGGGCCUGCAUCAGAGAAGCAAUUCAAGCGGCGCAGUUGUCAGAUGGAGUUUGAGGAGGGCAUCGCCGAGACACACUCUAGAGAGGAACUUGGGAAGAUUGGGAAGCAGUCAAGCUUCUCUGGGAGCAUGGAGAUUAUUGAGGUAUCCUGACAGAUAAUGGACAUAAUCAGAGCUGUCCCUUGGGGGCAAAAAUUGACCUGGUUAGAGGGAGUUCAACAAGAGGACAUAUGAGAGGGAGCAGAAGAGUUUUUUAUUUUGUGCUCCAAUCACAGACAGUAUUAAAGACUCCAACUGAGAGAAGGACAAAUAGAUACACAAGCAGAUGGUUAAUGUGAAAAGGUUAGUAAGUGAACUAGCCUUUGCACUUGGACAGACAGAGCCUCAGAUGUGGUGCUUAGCAGACCAUAACCAUUCUGAACUCUCAUACAGGUCUGGGAGAGGGAUGGGUACCAGGGGGGUGACUGGUGGUACUGAAACUCUUUAUUUUUCUGAGCUCUGUCCUGAAUAAAAAGAAACAACCCAGGGCAAGUGUCACUUUGCAUCCUUAUUACAUAGAAUCCCCUGAUUUUGACAGAGUCCAGACACAAACAGCUUGCCUGUGAUCAGAUGUGGCGUGCGUCAGUGGGUGUAUAGCUUGUGAUUUGAACCGAGCCUCAUGUGUUUUCCCAAAGCUUCACCCCAAUGUGAGAAAGCCUCAGAACCUCGCACGGCUACAUCCCCCACCCCUCCACCUCUUCUCAAAGGCUCAGCCUGCUACAGACUCUGCACAAGAACCGUAACGGACUCUUUAACAGCACAACCUUCUCACAUCACCACAAUACAAAGCAGAGAGAUCCAAAGGACUUAUUUUAAAGGUGGUACUGCAUCCAACAGUGAAGGCUGCUCGGCAUUUUAUUAACGGAAAACUUUGAGCUGAAGACUAGUAGCGACGAGCAGUGUCGUCACCCCCUCCCAAAAAAGCAUAGUGUAUUUGUCCUGACUUUGGCUCCCUUGUUUCCAGUGUUAAAAGCAGGAUGGGACUGAGGUUUCAGGAUGAUGAUGAGGGUGUCGCUUUAAUGACCCCUCAGCUCCUUAAAAGACCCCCCCCCCCCCUUCCUACUGCUGCCAGUCACCACUUAUGGUCACCACUGAGCAUGCACCAGAAAGGCUGACUAAAGACAAAACAAAUACUAUAUAUACAGUAUGAAUAUAUAUAUAGCAAUUUUAAUGGACUUUUUUGUUCACUUAUCAUUUUAAUUUAUUGUAUUGGUUCAUUCUGGUAAUGAGAAAUAAUAUAAUGUGGAUUUAUUUCUUUUGUCUUUUGUUGAAUUAUUAUAAUUAUUAUUAUUUGCUGUAUUGUAUUUAUGAACACACACAUACAAAUACAUACAUUCAACAAAUUCAGCCAAGCAAUAUGUGCUGUUCCUUGUUUGGGGAGAGUGAUGUAUGACUUUGAAAUGCACUUUUCUGCUUUCUGAUUAAAAGCUUUGAUUUCCAUUCACACACUGGCAACAUGUUACACAGAAAGCCGAGUCUUGACUUUUCAGACUACUUAAGAGUAUUUUGGCUCACCUGCAGUUUGUAUUCAAGGAUUUAUCACAGUUGAGAGCUCAGUUGAUGACUAAAAAUGCAGUUUCGUUCAGUUGUGUGCAGAGGAAAACAGAGCAGCCACAGCGAUCUCUGAUCACCAGGUAAAACAUUUUCUGCCAGUUUCACGAGGCCUGGUGUAUCAACAGUUAUAUAAACAUGGUUG